ACCGUCCGACCAUCACAUGGCUCAUCCUUGUCUUCUCAUCGCUGUUUUACUUUGCACUGCAGGAACUCUAAGCAUGAAGACUUUAGAUCGUGUGCCUGUAAUAGAAGGAGAAACUAUUACAAUCCCCUGUCUGUAUGACAAUAAGUAUAAACUAAACAAAAAAUACUGGUGUAAUGGGAAUCAAUGGUUUAGUUGCUCAAUUGUAGCCCGUGCAAACUAUACAGGGAAAUGGACAAUAACUGAUUAUCCAGAUCACCAUAUUUUUACUGUGAUACUCAACAACUCAGCAUCCUCAGACUCUGGAUAUUACUGGUGUGCUGUGGAGAUUGACAACCUUGUAGAUGACAGUAAAUAUUUGUAUUUAACUGUUCAAAAAGCUCCUGAUGUGUCUGUAAUAAACAGCAGUGUAUCUGGACAUGAAAGUGACAAUGUCAGUGUUCGGUGUUUCUACAGUUCAGGAUAUAAGUUUAAACCCAAACGCUGGUGCAGAAUUGAAGAUCGGAGCUGUUUCACAAAGGAGAAGACUUACACAUCCCAGAAUCCAUCAGUGCAGAUCAGUGAUGAUGGUGAAAGCUCCUUCACUGUGCUGAUGACUGGACUGAGACUCUCUGAUUCUGGAUGGUAUUACUGCUCUGUUGGAGAUCUGCAGGUUCCUGUUCAACUUACAGUACAUCAGAGAGAAAAUAAAACCAUAAAUACAUCUAAAAGUGAUAAAAGCUCUGAUAAUGCUGAUCCCUUUUCUAGCAACUCCCUAGGUGAAAACUCCUCAAAUGGUACAGAAAACCAGAAGAAUGUAAAGGAGCCCAAGAUCUGGGUUUUUCUCCUCUCUAUUGCGGUGCCGCUACUUCUGCUACUGAUGCUGGUUUUGGUAAUCUGGAGGAUUAUACAAAAACACAAUUUGUCCUCACAAAAGCCAGACGCCUGUUCAGUGGCGCCUACAGAAGGUACAUUGACAUAUGACAUGGUGGUCUUCAAGAAAGCAAAGAAUGAUGAACAAAACUCCAUUAGCCAUCCUCCUGACCAGGAUGAAGUGAUCUACAGCGCUGUGAAACAUCACUAAUAACAUGAUCUUUGACACGCUGCUCGUUCAUAUUAUGAAAAUAGCAAUCUGAAGUAAUGGCAUCUUAGUCUGUUUUACACCGCCUACAGUUUCGAUUAAAGCCACAAAAGACGUGAGAGAGAAAAAGAGGAACUUCCUGCACAUUUUCAUACGUGUUGCAUUUGAAUGAGGGGUCAUGGUUGUGUCAUUUUUUUUCAUAAUAAUAUUGUGAAAGUGUCACCUGUUUAUUAGCACAGAUGUCUGUGGAGGUGAAUUUUGUUCCGCUUUGGUCUGUGAGGAGUAAAACUGAAACACACCAUGACCACAUUAGAAAGGGAAGCAAUCAGUUCCAGUCAAUGUAAGAUGUGUUACACCACUUCAGAAAAGCCCGGUAAAAGACACUCAUUUUUUUUGUUGUUGUUUUUGCAAUCAAGCAUUGGGUUUUUCUUUGUGCUGUUUAAUAUUUGGCAUUAUAAUGGUCUAUUGUGUGAAAUAUUAUUAAAGCUGACUUUUUUUUUGCCCUGUUCCACAUUAAUAUGCUAACUGUAUAAUAACAUUAAUUGAAAAAAUGCUACAAUUUGAUGUACAUUAAGG